UUGAAGCAAGUCAAGUAAUCAAGUAGAAAAAAAUGUGGUGGUUAAUGUUCGUAGCCAUUCUUUGUGUGCAACACACAGCCGGUCUUCGAUAUAUUGAAGUCACGAACAAGAAUACCUUUCCAAUUUGGAUCGAAACUCUAACUAAUAACCAGGGACCUCCAUUGAGACCAGGAGUAACUCGUCUGGAUGCGAAUGCUAAUACAAAAUACGAUAUUCCAGAUGCGGGCUGGGCGGGACGAAUGUGGCCCAAAACUGGUUGUGAUAAUGGUGGCGCAAAUUGUGAAAUUGGCCAAUCGAUGCCUCCUUGUCCACCGAACGGUUGUCAACCACCUGCUGAAACAAAAGUCGAAUUCUUUUUUCCAGCAACAAAUAGCAACCAGGAUUCAUUUUAUGAUAUCAGUUUGGUCGAUGGUUUCUCUUUGGCCAGUAUAAUCACACCUUUCAAAGACGGUCAACCAUAUAACAAAGAUAAUUGCGUAAAAACUAAUUGCAACCUUCAUUUGUCAAAAUGCCCACAAAAUGAACACAGUGGCUUAGGAGCCUUAGCCGUUAAAGGUAGAAGCAAUAAUGACGUCGCUUGUUUGUCACCAUGCAAAAGAUGGAAUUAUCCUCCUCCAUAUGGUCAAGGAAAGAAUGAACAGGAAGGAGACGGUCGACUUCUUUGCUGCCCUAGUCCAGUUUCAGUUGAAGAGUGUCGAAAGGGUAUCGUCGUUCAAACUGAAUACGUUAAACUUCUACGAAGCGAAUGUCCAACCGCUUACAGUUAUUCGUAUGAUGAUGAGGGCGGAUUACACAAUUGCCCGACAGCAAGCAGUUUUGCUGUAGAAUUCGCUUCUUAGGCAAGAAGUAGAAAUGAGGGGCCUAUUUGUCGCUCAGCGAUGCACGUCACCAGUUAAUCGGCUGGUAUACAGUACAUUUGACCAGUUGCGAUUUCGGUCAAACAUUGGUUGUUGCGAAUAUGCAUCAAAGCAUACUGUGACUCGUGUAUAUGGUUUACCAGUUACACCGUGUUUGCAUGGCGCGCGACUUCUCACGAAGUGGUGCUUCGUCUCAGUUCGCGCGCUGUGCACACACGGUGUAACUGGUAAACCAUAUACACGAGUCACAGUAUGCUUUGAUGCAUAUUCGAAACAACGAAUGUUUGACCGAAGUCGCAACUGGACAAAUGUACUGUAUACCAGCCGAUUAACUGGUGACGUGCAUCACUGAGCGUAGCGAGUCAGAAAAACGCACGUAAUUCCUAUGUAGACACGUACAAUUUCAUAGAAAUCUGAACACGAGUCGCUGCCAAUCGUAGUACAGAAAUGUUUUUGGCGAAUCUACGAGUCUACAUGAGUCAGCUGCGAGCAACUGAUUAUGUCGAAAUUGUAUUCAAUUUUGAAUAGUUUGAUUCAGGGAUUCGCGAAUCUUCACACAGAUUCACAACACUCGUAUGGCUGUCUACAUUUUCUCUACUCAAUUGUGAAACUUGCACUGAAUUGUGUGACACAUAAGCCCCUACAGUAAAAAUUACUCAUUUCUUGACUCAAUAAAAAAUGUAAAACAGCCCGAAGUCAAAAGUUAAACAUAAAACCAAAAGAGAAAAUAAUAAACUAUAAAUUGUACUGUUAUUAAACUCGAACAUAGAGAAGGAUAACUACAGCGAUAUUAAUAACAAAAAUAUUUCAAUAAUAGAAUCUAAUGACAAUGGAAUUGACAGUAAAUAAAAACAAAUUAAUAACAAUGGAAUAAAAAAUAUGGACAUAAAUUGAAAGAUUACACUUAAAAUUCAACAGGAAAUCUAUAUAAUUUUUACUACUCCAAGUAGCAGAUCAUUCUCAAAACCAUCACUGUUUCAAAAAAAGGAGCUUUUCGAACCAAAUAUUCAGAGCUGAGAUUGGUAUUUUCAUGCAAUAAAAAACAUCGAAAUAUCUCAAUAGCUCGAAAAAUGUCCCAAACAGAAGUCCAAAUUGUAUUUUCAUGACUGUAUAUGAAUGCCUACA